GAGUAAGAUAUUUAAAAUUAACAACUCAUGUUAUGGUAGAAGUAGUUGAAUCACUAUCGAUGUGCUUUCUGUACGUAAUUAUGUACGACAAUGAUGUAACAGGAAAAAAAUUAAAAUUGAAAUUCUAGAAUAUACUUCAGUUUUUCAGAAUUUCUUUCUUGUACAAAGAGUAGUAGAAUGUAUACAAACUGUCCCUGGUGUCUGCAAAUCGCUUUACUGGUGUCAUAGCAGGGGAGGCAAGCAGAACCUAUCUGACCAGGUGCUCGCUCGCCUUUUGUAAUAUGGAAAAUGAUGAACACCCUUGAAUCUUAGUAAGAACUUGCCAAUGCAGCAAGUCCCUUAUUUCAGCAGAAAGCUUUCAUGUCGAUUUCUCAUGAAUUUACCUUCCGUUGGAAGCGAAUUGUUGGCAGACAUGGAAAUCUGUCGAUUCUCCUUGUAUAGCCUUCCAAUUCCUGAUUCCUAUGACACGGAGACUUCGAAAACAUUCUAAACUUUCUCUGAGCUCUAUCAGCUUCUAACUAUAUACAAAGCGUACGGCUGGCUAGCUUUAUUGCAUAGAUGAAAUACUGUUUCCAACUGAUUCGAAAUCUAUUGCGACACAUAUCAGAAGCUCAUUACCUUGCUGGUCAAUUAGACAGAUGUCUGUCCGAUAAGAACUUACAAAUUAUGCCACUCCAGGAGCACAAAUCCUAAACCUUCGGCAGUUCUCUACGCCACCUAUUGCCUAAAUCGAUCGAACAGAACAUCCAUAGAAUUCGGCCACGAUUGGCACUCUCAAAACUCUCGAUUUCAUGUGCACAUCCAAAUUAACGAGAUCACUGGACGAGAUCCAGCUGCCAAGAGCUGAAUUAGGUUCUAGAAGCUUCGAUCGAGCCUUCUGCAGCUGGAUCGGGGCACUUCAGAAUCCUCCACCUCCACCACCUCCACCACCACCUCCUCCUCCUCCUCCACAUCCUCCACCUCCACCACCAAAUCCACCUCCUCCACCACCGUCACCACCUCCGCCUCCACCGUCCCCACCUCCGCCUCCACCUCCACCGUCACCACCUCCGUCACCACCACCACCUCCUCCCCCAUCGACUCCUCCACCGUGCCUACGACGUCGACCACCACCAUGUCUUACCUUCUUCUUACUCCCGCACAGCAUCGACACGAAGGGCACAAGAAUCAUGAUGAAUAUGAAAGCUGCCAUCUUGCCGGAGGAGUAGUCUAGUUUCAAUCCCGAUAGAUAUAACUGCGCAGCUGAGGACUACUACUGCUUCUCGAAGGACUGGCCGCUCGGUGCUUUUAUCAAGCUUCUCAUGAACCGUGGAACAUAUUUUGUGUUUCUUGCUCGCCUGGUGCAGAUGUUAAGGAUCCGGAAUCUUGAAAUAGAGAAAUCUGCAAAUUGAAUUGGGAUUCCCGUAUCGAUUUAAGCUAAGCGUUCCAAGUGUCAGAGUCUGGUUCCAGGAUACCAAAUAGAGCGAGCAGUGAGACUUUAUGCGGCAGUGGAGUCCGUGAAUUUGAGACCUGCACCAGUUCCGAUCCCAGGUCUGCUUUGACCUUCGAGGUCCUUAUCACUUUCUCGGAAGUGGAGAGGAAGCAUUCGCUGCACUAACGUCGUCUUUCAGAUCGAUCCAAGCGUGUUGGCUCUGG